AUGUCUUCCAAAACCCAUUCCCUAAGUCACUGGCGGGGAGUCUUCAAAGCUGCAGGUUCUGAUAUUUUUGAACUUAUUGAGUAUGCAAUCAUGGUUGCUGCUUCUGAUCGUCCAAAGGAAUUCAAGCGUAGAAGGGAUGGAAUUGCAGAGAUGAUCUUCAAUGAAGAAAUGCAAGAAGAGAAGAAAAAGGAGAUUCAUGGUUCUGCUUCCAUGAAGAGAAAGGAGAGUCAUGGCAACUCUGGGAUUGAAAGUGAUAACGAUGAUGAUAUAGAGCCUUCAUUCCCUGAGGAAAACGCAGAACAGAUCAACAAUAUUAUUGCUGAGAUUUACAGGAUCAACCGUGGAGGAGAAAUUAAGAUAGUUGAGGAGGUUCUGAGAAUCAAAGGAAUUAUUGAAGCAAAAGUUGAUCAAUCUGAAAGGAAGUUACUGGAACCUCUAAGGAGGCUUCAAUUGAUAUCUAUUUCUUUUGAUACCUUGAAGAAAACCCUGAUUGGGGUGUCUGUGAAAAAUCUUACGAAGCACAACUCGAAGAGAAUCCGUGACCAUGCAAAGUAUCUCAUCACUCACUGGACAAAAAAGGUGGAUCAAUGGUUGAUUGAAUCCAAUGAGGCAGCCGCAGCAAAGAAGGAUGAACAAGAAAGACUUCAGGCUUUAAAGAGGAAGAUAAAAGAAGGAUAUCAAAAAGCAGAGAAUGCCAAGAAACAACGCUGCACAAAAGUCUUGGAGUUGAAGGAUCUUCCCAAAGGACUCAUUGCUCAGCGACGCAUGAAAGUCAUGAAGUCGAAGAAUCUUCCCAAAGGACCCAUUGCUGUUUAG